AUGAAGACGAGGAAGAAGACAACAAGAACUUUAUCAUCACAAUCUCAACUCAAUCUUUUCCAAUCAUCGGAUUUUCACACCGCCGUCGCUAAAAUCGCCGUCACGCAAAUCUGCAAAUCCGCUGGAUACGCCGCCGCUCAAACUACCGCACUCGAAACCCUAACUAACAUCACCGUGAGGUACCUUCAAUCAAUAGCGAAAUCCGCCGUCAUCUCCGCCGUAUCCACUGGCCGUACAGAAUGCAACCUGUAUGACGUAAUCCGUGGAUUUGAAGACUUACAUUAUGACGUUGGAUUUACCGGUAACGAAAAUCCUAAUAAACGGUUAUAUAGACUUGCUGACUCAUCGAUUCUUCUAGAUAUUAUGAAGUUUGUGUAUCGGAAUCGCGAGAUUCCUUUUGCGAAGCCGUUGCCACGUGGAUGUCACGUGGAUUCGCAGUGUUUGUUUCGUGACAGUGAGAAAGUAUUGAAGCAUGUUCCUAGAUGGUUACCGGAUUUUCCGGUAAUUAUUGAAAAAGAAGAAAAAGCGGUUGUGGCUGACGUGGAAAAUGAGGGUGAAAAAAUUAUGAAGAAAAUAGUUGUGGGCGACUUAGCGGUAAAAAGGGAAAAAGUAAAUUUUAAGAUCAAUGAAAGGAGUAGUGGUAGAAAUAGUAAAAAUGAGAUUAAAGUUGAAUCUGGAAUUCGUAAAGGUGUAAAAAGGAUUUCAUGCCAUAAUGAUUAA